AUGGAGAAGGCGGCCACCGGCAAGCAAGCGCAGUCAUCGUCGUCGUCACCGCGAUACAAGGGAGUGCGGAUGAGGAAGUGGGGCUCGUGGGUCGCAGAGGUGCGGUUUCCCAACAGCCGGGAGAGGCUGUGGCUCGGCUCCCACCCCACCGCCGAGCAGGCCGCCAGGGCCUACGAUGCUGCCGUGUACUGUCUCCGUGGCACUCGUGCGGCGUUCAACUUCCCCGACCAGCCGCCCCAAAUACCCUCGGCGGAGAGGCUGAGCAAGGAGGAGAUACGGGCGGCGGCCAUGCAGUUCGCGCAGGAGGAACCGAGGCGGCCUGCUGGGGAAGCACAGGAGAGUGGCGGGGAGAAUUCGACGGAGGCGGUGGGUCAAGGGAAGGGGAGCUCGGUGACGACGGCAGUAGAGGGAUUGAUGAUGGAGGAUUCUUUCGUAGCAGCAGGAGCACUACCGGAGUGGUGGACCGAGGAGGAUGAGGAUGCUUGGGGUGCUGUUGUUGCUUCUACCGAUGACAUAUAUAGCUCAUCACCUCUCUGGAAUUUCUAA